AGACUUCGGCUUCAUAGAUUAAAUGUUCAGGACUAUCAUCUUUCCCCGAUGGCUUCUCAGAUUAUGGCUGGAUCCCGAAGUUUGCAACUUGAGUUUUCAAAUGUUCAUUCAGUAGCGAUUCCGACCAAGGAUGCUGCGCAAUACUCGAAAACAACUCAAACAGAUGAUGACCGUGUAUCUAUGGGAGAAUUCAGUACAGGUAGUCAAGAGUUCGACUAUGACGAUGAUAUGCUUCCGAUGGACGGAGGUGGAUUUAGGGGUAAUCGGGUACAUUCUCAUGAUGUCGAUUCGCCAAUGACUGACGAUUUGGCCGGUAUACUGCCAAAUAUUCCAGGGUUUAAUUUUGCCAAACAUAAAGAAGAGGUGUGUUUUCUACGAGUUGAUAUUUUCAUUGAUUAUGCGCGAGAUGGUCAUGGCGAAGUAAUUGCGUCCAGUGACCGACUUGUACUCUCAAGAGUAUUUUCUGACCCAAAAUGGUCUCAAAACAGAGCUGUGACGGGGAUCGCUUUCUCAGAGCAACAUCCCGAAUUGGUCGCAGUGUCAUACGACUUCGACAUUCCUUCUGAACCUCCUGGUGUUGUGCUGAUAUGGAAUACAAAGUUCAAAAAAGAUUCUCCAGAAUAUGUUUUCCAUUGCCAAUCGCGAUUAGCGUCCGUUGCAUUGGCACGUUUUCAUGCACAUCUCAUCAUGGCUGGCUGUUAUUCUGGCCAGAUCUGCAUGUGGGAUAAUCGAGUUGCUAACAAGAAAACUCCUAUUCAUAAGAGUCCUCUUUCGACCUCUGCACAUACACAUCCGGUGUACGCCUUGGAGGUCAUUGGCACCCACAACGCACAUAAUUUGGUAUCCAUAAGUACGGACGGAAAGAUGUGCAGCUGGAACGUUGAUAACCUGACCCAGCCUGUUGAUGGUAAAGAGUUGCUAUCAAGACAAGGAAAUCUACCUUUCUUACCUAUGAAGCAUUUUAAGUUUGGAAAGGUUCCGGAAAUUUCUUUUUAUUCACUUCUCAUUGCAUUUCAUACCCCUCCAGGUCAUGGCGCUCCUGUGUGCGGUAUAGCCUUCCAUCGAGCUACGGGUCCAGUAGAUCUUUCACACCUUUUCCUUACAUCGAGCUCUGACUGGACGGUAAAAUUAUGGAGUACAAAGGAUCCAAAAUUGCGGUUCUCUUUCGAAUCACACAACGAUUAUGUUUUCGAUGUCGCCUGGUCACCAGUGCAUCCUGCCGUGUUUACUUCAAUCGAUGCUGAAGGCAAUCUAUUCCUUUGGAAUCUCAAUGAGGACAUAGAAGGUCCAGUUGCACGAAUGAACAUCGCGCAAGAGGGAUUCUUGAAGAAAAUCGCAUGGGCUGAGAAUGGGCAACAUUUGUGCGUAGGAGACGAUCAGGGUAAUUUGCAGCUAUUUGAUGUACAUGAAAGCAUGUAUGUGCUGAGGAGCGAAGAAUGGACGCGAUUUGCUCGGGUUCUGGCCGAUAUGAAGCAAGCAAAUGAGGAAGCUGACGAAAUGUCUGAAGUGAUGUCUCGUCUUUCCGAUGGCAUAGGAGGAAUAGGUGGUGGAAGUACAGUAGCCAGUUUGGCUGGUGUAAACGUCUCUCCUCGGCAGAACUGGUAG